UGUAGUUAAAAUCACACCACCCCUGCUCGCCGGUCACAGUAUAAACCGUCUGAUUCGCCGACGAUCACUAAUCAUGGCCGCCAAUUUACCGGAAAUAACUGAUCUCUUCUCCAAACUCGCAUUUCAUCUCCAAACCCUAACCCUAUCGCAUACUUCGUCGCCAGAAGUUUCAAAUUCUAACAUUGAUAUUGUCGAUCUCUCGAUUUCGAAGCUUAAUCAAUCUCUCAAUCUCACUGACGACGAUGCUCAAGUUACGGUUUUAGAUACGGCUCUCGCUCUCAUGUGCUUCAAAGCGCCACAGGUUUUUGAUUGUAUGACUGAGUAUCUAGUCAAGACAAUUAUUAGCGUGUUAUCUUCUUCGAUAAGUUGUAAGGUGUUGCGGUUAGAGAAGGAAGAGAUUUUACAGAUUGGUACUUUAAUUUCCAUGCCGGAUUGUAUAGAAUUUAUUGAAAUUGUUAAUGAUGUCGUUUCCAGAUUAGAAGAACAAGGGAUACCUUCUCAUUUGCUUUCAAGUGCUGUUGCAAGAGUUGCGGUUUCUGCUUCCUGCAGUAGAUAUUUGGUUCCAUCAAUUUAUUUAAUGAAUAGUAAAUCGAUUGAUAGAAAAAGCUCUGCUAUUUCGAAACUUCUCAUCUACUUGCCCAAAGAAUCAUCUCUUGAAAACCAUGAAAUACCAUUGAGGUUGCUAUCGUGGUAUCUUGACCCACUAACCUUAAAGCAUGAUAUUUCAAAUAUAUUGCAAAACACCAUAGAAAGACCUUUUCUUUCUUUAAGCAAGGAAUUUUAUGAGAGGAUGGAGUGGCGCUCCAUCCUUAUAUGCUUGGUGCUUUCUCCAACUAUGUUCAUUCAUGUGAAAGCUCUAUUACACAAUUGGCUUAUGUUGACAUGUAAUGUCUAGACCAACAUGGUGGGGCGUAUCUAUGGAGUUGGGAUCAAAGCUGCCAUUCUCUAAUGCAUAUUUCCCCUACAAAAAUGAUUUGCUGAGG